AUGUUCAAAGUGAAUGCCAGCUGCUUUGGCCUUUUGACCUCGUACCAUAAAACUAUUGACUGGGAAAGUAUCAUCAAAUGUUCGAUUGAAUACAGGGAACCGAAAAUUUUUGAUUAUCUGAUCUACUCAAGCCAGAACAACAAGUCUCUUCACGCUUCCUUCGUUGAAAACUUAUCUGACUGGUUCAAGAUGGUAGUUCAAUCUGCUGACCCAGAGCUAGCCAAGCUCUUCUUUGACGUAUUCGGUACCUUUUCAGAAGUCCGCACGAUUCCAAAAAAACUAUCGAUAGAAGGAAACAAGAAUCUAGCCGAAAAUGGAACUUUAAUUAUUCUGAAGAAACAACCUAUUCGAAUAAUAAAUACGAACUUCCGCAUCGAAAACUACUCAUCAGCUAUUCGAACAUGUCCUCUUGGAGGUGGCUCAUCGAUGCCACUCAGAUUUGAAGAUAUUGAGCUGAUGGUCAAAGAAAGUGCUUACUUUCAAAGCCGCAACAGAUUCAAGAUUGACAAGAUGGAGAUCUAUUUUUCGACUUCUGAACAAAAUGCGCUCACAGGAUUAUUUUCAAUCAUCAAUUACUUGCUUCAAAAAGAGUCUCAAACAAUGGAAAAUCUUGCUGCAAAAUACCUUAGAAUCCUGGAGCUUUUUCUCAAACUACCCCUGAAUAUCUCAGAGAAUGUAGAUUGCCAAGAGAAUCAUCAACAAAAACUCUUAUCAGCUAUUUUGAAAUCCUGCGAAGAAAUUCAAGCGUUCGAGAAAAAUACAGAAAUCCCGGAAAUAAUCCGUGAGUAUGUUUCGCUCAAUACUUCGACAGAAAACCUUGCUCUGUAA